AUGGCCGAGACUGUCUACAAGCGCACCAAGCUGUUUGGCGGGGCUCUGGAAUGCGACCUACCCGAGCAGUUCGCAGAUGUCAGUACGCUUCGCCAGGUCCCCGACGCCCAAGAGGUCUUCAUCGACAAGGAUGGGUUUACGAGCAUCAUCUUCGACAUAACUGAGCGCGUUGGAGGGGCCGGCAGCUCCCCGGAGAUUGAUGGCAAGGCCCUGACCACACAUCUGGAGGAGUUGGUCGGUACCGACGUCGACACCGUCAAGGUGUGGAACUCGACAGAGACGGUCUUCUCCAAGCUUGACGCACAGAUCCCCGCCUACACGCUUAUCGCGACACAGACCCCGCCGCCCGACCCGUCCAGCAGAUCCGCCGCCCCGGACUUCACGGCCAUCAUCCUGACGCUCUUGCGCCUCGAGAAGGAGCUGACCGACAUACUCAUCACGGUCAACGUGCCGCACAUCAAGGGCGAGUACGACGACGAGGAGGUCGACCUGCAGCUUGGAAAGCAGGGCAAGCUGAUCGGCGCCGCGGUCGAGGAUGCGGCCAGGAUCUGGGAGACGUUCAGGGUGAACGACUGGAACCUGUUCAAUGAGAUCUAA